AUGAUCUUGUUAUGGAGAUCUUUGGCAUUCAUUUUCCUUUUGCUUUUCUUCACAAAAGACUUGUGCACCGCCCAAGAUUACGACGAAGAAGAGCCACCGCCAGCCCCGCCUAAGGCCUUAGAUACCUGCAACGGAAUUUUCUUGACGUAUGACUUCAUUUCGCGGACGAAAGAGUAUCCGAAAGUGAAGAAUGUAUCAGCACAAGCAUGGUCCUUCAAUGCAACAGCAACUAUAAUGAAUACAGGCACGGCUGAGCUUAAAGCAUGGAAAAUGUUUAUUGGGUUUCAACAUAGGGAGAUUCUAGUCAAUGCAGGUGGAGCAGUUUUGGUGAAUGGUGAUGAUUUUCCAGCUCCUGUUGGUAAUGGGAGCUACCUUUCUGGAUACCCUCAAUCCGAUCUGAAAACAUCGAUUGAUACAGCGGGAGAUUUUAGCCAAAUUCAGGCUAGAAUUGAGUUAAGUGGCACCCAGUUUGGUUUGAAGGCAGCUGCUAUUCCAAUGCCUAAAACAAUCAAACUUGUUAACGAUGGAUUCAAAUGUCCAGCACCGACUCAUAAGAAGACCUCAAUGUAUGUAUGUUGCGUCAAGGAUCCGAAAUUCAAAGUCAAGAAGGUAACAACAAAGUUCUUGCCAAGACAGAAGGGUGAUCUUUCCAUUUCUUAUGAUAUCAUACAAGCCUAUGAGAACAACUAUUUUGCACAAAUCACCAUAGAGAAUGAUCACCCGUUAGGACGUCUCGAUCACUGGAACUUGACAUGGGAGUGGAUGAGAGGUGAAUUCAUAUACUCCAUGAAAGGAGCCUACACAAGAGAAAUAGACUAUUCGGAUUGCAUAUAUGGUCCUCAAGGACAAUACUAUGGACAAAUGGACUUCUCUAAAGUCCUGAAUUGCCAAAAGAAGCCAAUAAUUUCUGAUUUGCCUCGCGAGAGAUAUAACGACACCCAAGUUGGAAAGAUUCCUUAUUGUUGCAGAAAUGGUAGUCUCUUGCCAUCUCUAAUGGACGCGAGUGAAUCGAAGGCUGUUUUUCAGAUGCAAGUGUUUAAACUUCCUCCUGAUUUGAAUCGAACGGCUCUGUAUCCACCGGAGAAAUGGAAAAUUGUUGGUGUUCUUAAUCCAAAUUAUAAAUGUGGCCCUGCAAUAAGAGUUGAUCCAACAGAAUUUCCUGAUUCAAGCGGACUUCAGGCUAUAAGCUUAGCAAUUGCUAGUUGGCAAGUAGUCUGCAACAUCUCCAAGCCAACAAGAAGUAAUUCUAGAUGCUGUGUUUCCUUCUCUUCAUACUACAAUGAAUCCGUCAUACCUUGCAAUACAUGUGCCUGUGGAUGUCCUGACAAAACAAAAUGCAAUCCAGAUGCACAAGCAAUGCUCGUCCCACCGGAAACUCUCCUCGUUCCCUACGAAAACCGGACAGAGAAGACCUUAGCUUGGGCAAAGCUGAAGCAUUUUCACAUCCCUAAACCUCUACCUUGUGGUGAUAACUGUGGCGUCAGCAUAAACUGGCAUGUCUCCACAGACUACAGGAACGGAUGGACUGCUCGAAUCACCCUGUUCAACUGGGAAGAAAUCAAUUUCGAGAACUGGUUCGUGGCGAUUCAAUUCAAAAGAUCUGGUCGCGGUUAUCAAAAGGCCUACUCUUUCAAUGGCACAUUCCUUCCACAGCUUAACAACACAAUCUUCUUACAAGGCAUGCCAGGGAUGGUUUAUUUAAUGGGAGAGACAAAUGGAACAGACCCAGGUGAUCCGAGAGUACCUGGGAAGCAACAGACUGUUAUUUCUUUCACAAAAAAAGGUAUCUCAAGACUCAAUAUACCAAAAGGAGAUGGUUUUCCGACAAGACUAUUGUUCAAUGGGGAGGAAUGUUCACUUCCUACACAAUUUCCAACAGGAGGAGCUGCAAAUAGGUAUCAUGUAGGUUUUGUACAAGUUCUACUCACAUUUGUAAUAAUCUUGAUGAUUACAAAGGUUUUGUAG